AAUACCUGCAGUACAAAAACGGAGGACACGAGUUCCGCUUGUAGUUGGAGCUGACGACAAGAAAAAAGCCGAACGUUCCUGAAGGUUGACUUUCAGUAUUCAUAAACCUGCGCGUAAUUUCAUUACAAUAGUUCUGGAUUACCUCGUGUGUUUUUUUCUUCUCGUUUUUCAUAUCUUACAGCGUAAGAUAAUAGACGUCUACAACCAGUGGCGUGACAGUUUCAUACAUCUGUUAAUCUUCGGGACGUUAAAAGGUGUCAAUUGUAAAUGAGUGAAUUUUACAGCACUCUGUGGAUAAGCUGAAUUAUAGAAGGUCGCAGGUGUUUUUUUUUUUUUUUUUUAAACUCACGUUUCGUCCUUAUUUGCCAUAUUUGUGGGUGGGGUGGGGGUGGGGUGGGGGGUGUACAACAGACGAGGAAGUAUUUCCUCUCUGAAGUUUCAAGUGUGUCCUGCUACAAUAAGGAAUCAUAGACUGACCUAACAUGGCAUCUACAAUUGAGAGGAAGACCUUGGAAGUUAACGAAGAACUAGUGGAUGAGGUCCUCCAGGUGCCUCCAUCAAUGCUAAUGUGUGGUGGUUGUCAGCAAAGUAUUGGAGACCGUUUUUUCCUGAAGGCCAUAGAGCAGUACUGGCAUGAGGACUGCCUGAGUUGUGACCUUUGCGGCUGCCGGCUGGGUGAAGUUGGCCGAAGAUUGUACUACAAGCUUGGUAGGAAGCUGUGCCGAAGAGACUACCUAAGACUGUUUGGUCAGGAUGGGCUGUGUGCUUCCUGUGAGAAGAGGAUCCGGGCAUUUGAAAUGACAAUGCGAGUUCGUGACAAAGUGUACCACCUUGAGUGUUUCAAAUGUGCCGCCUGUCAGAAGCACUUCUGUGUUGGAGAUCGCUACCUGCUUAUCAACACAGACAUUGUAUGUGAGCAGGACAUUUUUGAGUGGACCAAACUCAACAGUAACUUACGGUAAUUUGUAUUUUGUCGGUGCCAUAAAUCUACAACUACUACUUUACACAACAGCAACAUAACAAUUAGGCAAGUGCAGUUAUAUAGCACAGUUUCAAAUAUAUUUUUUAUAUUUUCAGUUCACAAGCGCACAAACAAGUUUUCUUUUCCCUUGGUAAAGCUGAAAUAAUUUUUUAAUGUAUGAGGGCAAUAAUAGCUGCUUCACAAAAAUUUUUUAAGAUAGUCAUACAGAUUGUUGACAUUGAGUCACAUUUGCUAUAGAUACUGUAUGCGGAUACAUUUUAUAUAAUUACUUUUUGAAACCUAAAAGGAUAAACAGGAUGCCAGUAGAAUUUGAUUGAUUUUAUUCCAUCUAAAAGCACCAAAACCUUUGGUAUCUGUCUAGACCUACCUACUAACAGACCCUUUAGGUGCCUUUUGGACAGUUAUAAUGCACAAUCUAUGAUUGUUGAAAUUGCACUUGUGACAUUUCAUAGUCACCAGCGGUGUUGUUUCAUAUUGGCUGAACAGCUGACUCCUGCUGCACCACAUUAUGCAUAUUAAUGAGCAUCAAAUUUUUAUUUACAUUAUAAUGUUUUUGUUACAUUUAUAUCUGCAGUAAAUUCCAUUUGCUUUGAUGUUAAGUCUAGCAUAUCACAGAUAAACCUAGGAAGCGUUAAAUAAGGUUGUACUUAACAGCCAAUAAGAAUAGAUGGAUUAGUUUAAAUCUUUGUGGAAUAUACUAGGAUUUACACAGUAAACGACAGUUUACUUUUAGAAGAUUUUUUUAGAGAUCCUCUUUUUAAAAUCAUCUGAAUUAAGAACUUGGAAACCUUUUACCCAUCUAAAGUAUUUCUUUGUACAGUACAUGCUCUAGCCCUGUCUGCUUUUUUAUUUUAUUGCAUUAAUUCUUAUAUAUCUGAGACCUGUUAAGUGAUCAUUUUAAUUCCCUUUAAUCCAUUGUGCAAGUUGUCAAAUAAUAAUGCUUAUUUUACAAAAGGUGAAUAAGGAAAUGAGCUUACCUGUUAAACAUGCUACAGUGAUUAUUCAGUAUUCUACUUUUUUAAAUACUAGGUUUAACAAUUAUGCAAAACAAAUUUGUAAUUAUUGAAUUAAAAUUCUGUUUAUAAGUGUAUUGUGCCAUUUAAAUAAAUAAACCUUUGCUGACAUCA